AUGCCCACCUCCACUUCCACCUCCACCUCCACACCCCUCCCACCCCUCCCCCUUCCCCCAGGAAUAACCUCUCACUACCUCUCCACCCCCAACCUAACCCACCACCUCCUCACAUCCGGCAGCCCCUCCCACCCGCUCCUCCUCCUCCUCCACGGCUUCCCCGAACUCUCCUUCUCCUACCGCUAUCUCCUGCCCGCCCUCUCCUCCCUCGGCUACCACGUCGUCGCCCCCGAUCAACGCGGCGCAGGCCGCACCACCGGCCACGACACCCGUUCCUUCUCCACCGUCGAUCUCCACAGCACCACCAUCUCUCGCCUCGUCACCGACAUGGUAUUCCUCGUCGACGCGCUGGGCCACAAAAAUGUAGCCUGUGUGAUUGGUCAUGAUUUUGGGGCCGUGGUCGCCGCCUGGUGCGGUGUCAUGAGACCGGAUUUGUUUAAAUCCGUUAUCCUCCUCUCCCACCCCUUCAAAAGUCCCCCUCUCCUUCCCACUUCCACCCCCACCCCCACAGAAGACAUCCACACCAGCCUCUCCCAGCUCCCCACCCCCCUCAAACACUACAAAACCUACUACUCCACCCCCCACGCCGCCAGCGAGCUCUCCUCCCCCCUCUCCACCCUCCCCUCCUUCCUACACGGCUACUUCUAUCUCAAAUCCGGACACUGGAGCGGCAACACCCCUCACCCCCUCAAAUCCUGGUCCGCAGAAGAACUCCAACACCUCCCCCCUUAUUAUACCAUGCCCCUACACUCCUCCAUGCGCUCCAUCAUCCAAACCCACAUGCAAUCCAUCCCCCCCUCCUCCCUCGCCCAAAUGGAAACUUGGCUGCCCCCCUCCGCCCUCGCCGUCUACGCCUCCGAAUACGCGCGCACCGGUUUCCAAGGAAUGUUAAACUGGUACCGCGUUAUCACAUCACCCUAUUACACCCAAGACCUUGCGCUCUUCGCAGGAAGAACACUAGAUGUCCCAAUGCUCUUUAUCAGUGGAGAAAAAGACUGGGGCAUGUAUCAGGAACCAGGGGUAUUAGAACAGAUGGGAACAAGAUGCACGCGGUUUAAAGGCUCGAAAGUGGUGGCGGGGGCUGGUCAUUGGGUUAUGCAGGAGAAUCCGGAGGAGGUGCUGCGGAUUGUGGAGAGAUUUUUGGGGGAGGUGAAGAGAGAGGGGAUGAGUUAUUGA